ACACUGCUGAAACAGGGUCAGCAGCCGAAAAUGAAGAGAAAUCCUCCUUUUAUACCUUGGGAUUCAAAAUACAAAACUGGAAAGGAAGGUUCAGGCCCUCCUGGGAGAUAGACACGGGUGACCUUUUUAAAGUGAAUGCAUCAGUCUCCCUCAGAAGUCAGUCUCAAAUCCAGAAAAGGCUAACGUUGGGCUGCACUCAAUUAGGUCGACACACAGUGUUCCGGAGACACUCAGAGAUUGCCACUGUGUCUCACUCUCUAACAAUAGCGGACACCGGAGCUGCAGUUAUAAAUGUACAUACACUGACCUCAUUUCUUUACACACUUUAUCUUUUAUGGAAGUAUUUUGCCUCAUAUUUCACUAUUUCUCCUCUUACCCACUAAUAACUGCAUUAACCAUGUCAGUGUCUGGAUACUCUGGGGCCUAUCUAACUUCUAAUCCUUGGAGGAGCCAUUUUGAUUGACUGGCCUGUUCCAGACAGUUACCUUGUAUUAUUUAAUCACUUCCUGUUCUGUGAAUGUGUUUAUUAUAUUGUUUUUGUAUUAAGUCAAGCGUUUGAUUAUGAAUCUUAAGCUUUUAAACCAUCACUGUGUGCUGCACAUCAGAUAAGGGAAUAUGGCAAUCAUAUUUUUUUCCAACAGUCUUUGUUGGAGUAAACCAGCAGCAAUCGCACCUGUUGUCUGGGUCACUUUUUUCAGAAUGUUCCUCUGGCCCCUUCAUGCUCUUAUUUUGACCUACAGCCUAUGGGUACAAAUACAGAACUGAAACUGACACCCAAGUAAUGGAGUUCUAAAGCCAUUUAUGUUCUGUGUAAUCGCUUCGCCCUCCAACUGCUCGUUGAUGCCUACAAACUAUUUUACUGUAUGAUUGUUUGUCCUAGAACUUCAUACACAUCACAUUUCUCACUUAAAGUGACACUCUACGGCUUGUAUCAUGCAGUGGUUUUGGUGCUGAGAUAUGUACCUGCAUUGCAUGAAGUGUAAGCAUUGCUGUUUGAGAGAAAAGGCAAAGUUUACCUUUGUCAGUCUUCUAGCGGUUAAUCAGACAAUCAAUCAGCCAAUCAAACAAUUGGUACAUUCUAAAGAGGACUCUAACAAAUGUACAGUCUUCAUGUUUGGUGUCAUGACGACACCAAGAGCAGGUAAGAGAAGUAAGAUAAGUAUGCUUCUCUCGGUGGAGAAUCCUAUUGGCGCAACACAUUGAUAGUCUACAAAUGCGUAGCAGGGACCUCAAUGAGAGAAGCAUUUGGGUGGCCAAGAUCAUCCAUCUAGAUCAGGCAUAGGCAACCUUCGGCACUACAGAUGUUUUGGACUACACUUCCCUUUGAUGCUUUGCCAGAAUUAUGGAUGUGAGAGCAUUAUUAUCCUCAAAUGAAGGAGUAGCGACGUCCACUGCAAUCCCAAGACAUUGCUCGAUAAAAGGCAAUUGUAGCUUUUUAACUUUACUUUCUACAGGGCGCCCUGAAGGCAACAGAAGCAUUCUAACAUUACAAAUACAUAUCUGUGUUGCUGAGUUAGUAAACACCAGUAUGCUUUUUUUGGCAAAAAGUCCAAAUGUUGAGAAUAGAAAAUAUAAACAAUAUUUGGUGCCUAACGUCAGUCGGGCUCAAGGCAGCAUUACACCAAACGGCAAGAUAUCAAAAACCAGAUCCGGAAAGAAACAACGGGGCUAACAUGAUAAAUGUAUAUUGAGAUAGCUCUUCAUUUACAUUUUUACUUAAUUGUGAUUAUGUUAUUAACUGGUUUUGUUUCUUUGUAUUUGUUUUUACUUUGUUUGUUCUAAUAAAGCAACGUAACACUUGGAUAGAGAAACAGUAAUACAUUUAUAGUAUACCGAAUCUAAAAGACAUUUAUUUUAUUUAUAGUGAUUGGCAAGGGGCAGACGAUAUACUUUCUGCAACGCAAAACAAUCCUGUGUUAUUUACACUGCGGAGGAAAUUAAACUCCAGGGGGCUCAAGAUCUCAUUUCUAAAUGUGCCCAGGAGGAAAGUCCACUGGGUACAAAAUGUCUACAGAAGGAAAACACUAAGCAAACAAUAAACAGAAGGAAGAUAAACUUCAUAAUUAAAAAAAGCCAAACCAGCAAACAGAAAAUGUAAUUACAAUCAUUGAACGGCAGCUGGGGUCAGAUCUUAUGAAGAACUUUUAACCCUUUCAUCACUGCAGGACACUGAUGAGAAGAUCCCAGAAGCAUUUGUGACAGGCGCCUCGAUAGUCUGUAAACUAUAAAUCAUUUAUAUCAAUGUCAGUGUGUCGUAAUUAAAGGUAUCGUUGUAUAAUCUGCCUCAAAAGCAAUUAAGUAUAACUAGCAAUGCUCUUUAGGCUAUAGUUUACCAUCUUAAAUGUUUGUUUGAAAUGAUUGAAUAAUUAUGUCUUCGAGGAUACAGCAUUUUUAAAAGGAGCACAGUGUACCACUUGGUAAUUACUGACUACUCAGAGAGUCUUUAAAUACAUCCUCCCUGUCCAUACAAAUCUAAAUCUUUGCCAUUUUCAUUAAAAAUCUAUCAGCAUCAGUAUUAUGAGUGAUAUUUUUUUAUUUAAAUUUGAGAGCCAGCUGGGAGAAAAAAGAUAGGUGCAAUGAGCAAACACUCCACCACUGAAAUAAAAAAAACCUCACUGUUUAGUAGAUACACUCCCAAUGAAAACAUGUAUGCAUUUAAUUACAUAUUUUUUUUUCAAUAAGGUAUAUCUAAAAACAGUUUGUAAAAAUUUCAUAUCUCUUGUCUGCAGCCUUUGCAAGCCCUCCCCUUCUAACCCCGCCCAGACUUUCUGUUGCUGUCCAAUCACAGACUUCCCAAUGCAGCUCAAUGAGAAGUCUUUGCAAGGCAGGUGCUCUGGGGAAUGGCUGCCUCUUGAGUUUAGCUCCACUGAGCUAAACAAACCAGGAAGUAACAGUAACAGGUUGUCUGAUUGACAGCAAGAGGGGUGUAACAAGGUCAAUUUAUAAAUGUGUUAAUUUAUAUUGAAAUCUGCAUUUUUUAUAAAACAGACACAAUCCACACAAACAGCACUUCAAGGAGCUGAAGUACUGUAGGUGUUUGGAGUGUUACUGUAAGGUUAAGAAAAAAGUCACUAAAAUUCAGAUAUUUCCCAACUCAUUUUAUUUUACCAAACUAUAUGCUACAGAAAAUUCCAAUCUGAUUGGCAAAAAUGUCUACACUAUAUUUAUAGCUGAGUUGGAGAAUUUGUUGCAGGCCAAAUCUUGCCAUUCAGAGCUUAUUUUAUCUCAAAUCUAAAUUUAGUCAAUGACUCUGACUCGCUUAUUCUCUGAAGUACGAAUUGAAAUACACCAUUGAAUUAACAGCAUAAUAAAAUCAGACCACAAUCAAAAUGUUACGGUUUGUCUGAAAGAGAAAAAUAAAAUAAUACAAUCAGAUUGCAAGAGCUCCACUCGAUUUGGCGCCCAGCCUGUGACCAAAAUGACCAACAUUUCCAGUGGAAAGAAUGCUAGAAACUAGACUAUAACUUGGUCUACAACUUGUUCUGCUGAGAGUUCUGGGAGUUGCAGUCCUCUUCACUUUUAGUGCGCACAUUAGGUACAGUGAACAUAGUUGACCCCUAUGCAAUAAGAGCAUGACAUUAGAAUACGGGGUACACUGCUGUACCCAAAACUAAAAUGAUGUGAUCCAUUCUAAAUGACGCUAUAAUGGCACUGAGCGCUUUUUUAAUUCAGCAUGUUGUGAAAGUCGCUGUUUAACAUUCCCAUGAGUUACACAGUGAAUCCCUCUCUGGUAUUUAAAGUGUUAAGUGCGUUACAGCGGCCAUGGAUUCACCCUCCAAAAACAUGCUAACAGCUCGUUCAAAUCUGCGGCUGGCCAGAUGCUGCGUUAGUUCAGCAUUGAUUAUUUCACUGCAUUUUAAUUGACAAUGUGCUCAGUUAUGUGCAAUCUAAUUACAGAAUAGCCAAGUGUUGCAUAGAUAUGUAAAUAUGUCGAAAAAAUUUGUUCUAACCAGCACUUUCGGGGGAACUGAUGGUAUUUGCCAUUUUGGGAGCAUUUGGCAGACGUCUGAUCUCCCCGGAGGAUGCUGUUUGCAGUAAAAUGAUCUCACGGUUUUUCCUUUCACGUUUCCCGAUCCAGUUCAGAUGCUUUCACUGUGUAUAGAGUUUACCUGGGGUUUGGUUACAGUGUCUGUUUCUAUUUGUUGGAACGCAGCAUCAAUGAAACAGCUGAUCCCCUCUUGACUUUUUUAUGGUCGAAGAAAUGAGUCUUCACAUUCCUGCAAACUCGGGGCAUUGUUAGUACUUAAACCACAUAUCCGUCCUUUCAGAUAUUGUCUAUUUGUUUGACUUUGUGAUGUCUAUAUUUGGUUCCCACUGAUGACCAGACAUGAGUAUUUAUGGAAGAAUCCAAAUCACUUUGUAUUUUGUGACAUUGUUGAAAUACGGUAAGUCUUGUGAUGAAGUUGAUGAUGAGAUAACUCUUUAAAUAAGACUUUUUACAUUCCUCACACCUUGUGCAGAUUCUAUAAAGAUGGGAUUUUGGAAGCUUUGCCGUAUUAAUGCUAUGUAGGCCAUUGUUUGAUGAGACUCUUACCAAAACUUCCAAAGCUGUGUCUGGUAAAUUAUGGUGUCAAACGUCUUUUUUAUUGUGCAUCAUCAAAAUACUAAUAUAAUCGCCCACAUUUAUGCCAAGGAGCAGUUUUGCUGAAUUUCUCUGCAGUUGUUGAGGCUUUCGAGAAAGUUUAAUGUACAAAUGAAAGGUUCCUGUGCUAAUUAAGGGCAAUGGAUUUACUCUAAAGACUUUUGUAUGAGAAUACAAUACCCAUUUUAACAUUCUAUGUUUCACAUUGUUAGCUAUUGGUAUGGUACAGGUAGCUUUGCCAGGGAAAUCAUAAUACGCUGCUGGCAAGAUAACAUGGAACCAGACAUCAAGGUGGAGGGGAUGAUAUAUGAUUAUAGAGAGUGGGAAGUCAAGUACAUCAACUUAAAUAGGUCCUUUGUUGUUACCUUUUCAGGACCAGACCCUUGUAAACACACACACACACACACAAAUAAAAACAAAGACACACAUUUAUGAACACACACACAAAUAUAAACACACAGACACACACACAAAUAUGAACACACACAAAUAAGCACACAUAGACACUCACACUCCUUCACUAUUCAAAAAGACAAUAGAAUUCACGAUAUAGAUAUAGAUAUAUAUCUUAAUUGUAAAUGUGUUAGAUAACCCACCAGUCUCUAUUGGGAGAGACUGGAGGGUUGUCUAACACAAUCACUGGAUAGAGUUAAACUGGGGAAAUAAGGACUAUGGCAAUUUAAAUAUUCCAAAUGCAUACUGAAUUAUUAACUUCUUAUAAGGCCCCACUAUCCCAGGCACUGUAUAACGCUUAGUAAUUACAGUACAGAGCUGUGGUUUUAUUUAUUUAUUUAUUUAUAAAAUAUUUUUCCAGGAAAGAUACAUUGAGAUUUCUCUCGUUUUCAAGUAUGUCCUGGGUCCACAAAACAUUGCAUUGUUACAUUAGGUCCAACAAAAUACAAAAACAAUAUUAAUACACAAUAUAUACAAAAUGUAACAUAGAGCAGGUAGGAAAUAUAUAAUCAACCAUGACACGUGCAUUCUGUUUUGAGGUAUGUAGAGAGGGAUCUCUUAAAGGACUUUAGGCUUGGGGAAGAUUUGAAAGUGUGCAAGAGGUUUAAAUGCAGUGCAAUAAAUAAUUACAAGUAUGUGUAUAUAUAUCCUAAGCAUUAUUUAGUAUUAACUAAUGUUGGGCUUCUCGCUGCUGUUGGAUUCACCAGAUUUUCAUGGGUCAAAGCAAACGAGGUGAAGAAACUGUAAUUCCAGAUUUAUUGCAGGAUAAUGAAAGCAUUUCUUUGCUCUGUUAUUUUAUGCAAUAUCUAUCCUGUUCCUGCAGCUCGAUGACACUGAUAUACAAUCCUCAUAACACACACUGAUCAUGGAUUCCAAAUAUUACAUUGCAAAGGUCAGGCCAUUUAUUAUGCUGAUAGUUUAGGGUGAUGGGUGAUGGGUUCGUCUGUUAUUCUCUUAAUUAGGCCAGUAUACAUAUUAUAUACAUUGCUCAACUCUCUUCUGCAGUUUUUAUAUCUUUUCUGUCUGGUGAACCUUAUAUAUUUACAUUUUUAGUAUUUUUACUUGAAAGAUUGCAUUAUUCUAAUAAAUAGUUAUAUAUUAUGCUGACUGGGCUGUUUCAGGAGCAGCAUUGUAUCUGGCGACAUAUCUGAUGUGGCAGGAGAGUAUUUGGCAUAGGUAGCCUCUGUCUUAAUUGUAACUGACAUCAUAUGAAGCCGUAUAGUCUUUAUAACUGGUGUAGGACUCCAGGGUCUAAUAGCAUGUCCCUUUACUCUGCUCAUCCUAGAGUCAGAUGUAAUAUUUUAUCAUUUCAUUUCAUUCUGUGUAAUGAUGGGAGCAUCCAAUGUCAGAUAUGACCUGUUUCUAAAAUUGUGAUUGUUAUCUGGACAUAUUUGCCGAUCAGUUUCUUGGUAUGAUAUGCACUCCUCCUCUUUGUGUGGGAGGAUUAGGGCAGUAGGAGCUCAUGGACAUGGCCUAUGUUAGAAUUAUUACACCAAGAUGUAUGUGUAAGCUGCAGACAGCAGAGUUCAGUCAAAAUUCCUUGUUAGAGUAAAAAUGGGUUCUGACUCCCUAAAUUUUUUUCCUUAACUUAUGUUUAGGAAUGCAAGGUCUUCCAAAUUCCCCCUGCUACCCCGUGAAUCAAAUCUCAGUCCUCAGAUUGUAAGCUCAUGGGCUAUUUAGCUAAGCACUUUGUAUAAAAGAGCGUAAUAGUUAGAUCUCAGCUCACGGCAGGGCCCUCUUUACCCACUGUGUUUGUCUGUGUAUAUUGUACGUUCUCCCUUAAUUGUACACCGCUGCAGAAUAUGCUGGCGCUUUAUAAAUGCCAGUAAUAAAUAAUAAUAAAUAAAUAAAACAUAUAAUAGGGGAAGUAGUGGACCAAGGAUCUACACAUUUUCUCUCACUAGGUGCACAAUAUACAAACUAACAUCAUACAUUUGUUAUGUUUGUGAGAGAUACAACAAUCAGAUUAAUAAAAUUCAAUUCACUUUAUUUUUCUAUAAUUUUAUUUUUGGAAUUAAUGCAAUAUAAUAUGAGAUAUGUUUCUGAGUGCUUUAUAAACUUCACCCAGUAGUGAGUACACAGCUACGUGUGGCCAUUCAUAGAAUACUUUGAAUAUAACCUUCUACAUUCUGAAGUUAUUCCAACAGGAUGACCUGACAUGUAAAUCUGACCCCCGGGCUCUGUGAAUUUUGCCUUUUUUUCUUUCAUUUAUGUGACUUUUUGUCUCAUAUUGUUUUUUUUGUUUUGUUUUGUUUCAUUUGGUUUUUUUUUUUGCGAUUUAAAAAUCAUUUAAUGCAGCAUUAGGCAAACUAAGUCAUAUUUUAACAAAUUGUAUUUGUAAGAGGGAUUUUCUUUAACCUUGUAGGAUAAUAAAAUGCUACAAACUCUCUCCCCUUGUUAGUCGCUCCCUGGUGUAACAAUUGUCCCCUAAAAAAAUCUAUCACUGUCUCUCUGUUCAGAAAUAUAUUUCACUCAAGUGUAAAAUUUACCUUUGCUCCCGGUGAAGGUUUGUGAAAUUCCCUUAGGACAAUAAUGAGUGGCAUAGCCUAUGGCAUAACCGAUAAUAUAAGCCAUAAAUCUUGGAAAUGAUGGCUUUACUAUAGAGAAUAAAAUAGAAAUGUAUAGCAGGGGCAGUUGGAUGGAGGCCAGGAAAACACAGCGCAAUGAGACAGAGAAUAGUGAUGGAUUUUAUAGAGGCUUGUAAGUGACAUUUCCCUCACAAUAUAAAGACGUGCUAUUGCUUUUAUUUUUGUUUAUGAAUAUUAUUAUUUUUUUUACUUCCUUUAGGUGUGUUUUGCCUGUCUCACGAAAGCCAGCAGAACUGUGACACUGCCUGUCUUGUUCAAUGCCCACCGGGCACUUAUUAUGAGUCUGGGAACUGCUGGGAAUGUCAGUCAGGAUAUUAGUGA